CGCCUGCUGCCCCCGCGCCGCCCUCCCCUCCCCUCCGCUGCGCUCCCGUCCCCUCCCGCCGGCGCCGCCCCCUCCCCCGACAGCAGCGGCAGCAGCAACAGCAGCGCGGGCGCCUCCGCACUGCCCGCUCCGCCGCGUCUCCGGGCCGGGGGAGCCGCAUCCGGGCGCGGCGGGGGGAUGCCGAGCGGCCGCCAGCCCUGAGCAGCGCCUCGCGGGCUCCCUGCCUGCCGCCGUCCCUGCCUCCCUCCCUCCCGGCCGGCCGGCCGCCGCGCCAUGGCCACGCUGCUGCGCAAGAUCGGCCUCAUCCGGCUGCACAACCGGGACACGGAGGACCCCAAGCACCACCACCACCACCACCACCACCACCUGCACCAGGGCUCGUCGCUGCGCGCCAAGGGCAGCGGCGCCAAGCACGGCGGCAAGCCGCAGCCGCAGGCGGCGCCGGGCGGAGGGGGCAGCGGCGGCAGCCCGAGCCGGGAGGAGGGCGGCGGGGGGCCGGGCAGGAAGGGGCCAGGGCCGGGGCCGGGGCCGGAGCCGGCGGGCAGCACCGCGCGGGCGGGCGCGGGCGCGGGGCCCGGCCGGCCGCAGCACUGCACGCAGGUCCGCACGCGGCGCCUUAUGAAGGAGCUGCAGGACAUCGCGCGCCUGAGCGACCGCUUCAUCUCCGUGGAGCUGGUGGACGAGAGCCUCUUCGACUGGAACGUGAAGCUGCACCAGGUGGACAAGGACUCGGUGCUGUGGCAGGACAUGAAGGAGACCAACACGGAGUUCAUCCUGCUCAACCUCACCUUCCCCGACAACUUCCCCUUCUCGCCGCCCUUCAUGAGGGUGCUCAGCCCCCGCCUGGAGAACGGCUACGUGCUGGACGGCGGGGCCAUCUGCAUGGAGCUGCUCACCCCCCGCGGCUGGUCCAGCGCCUACACGGUGGAGGCCGUCAUGAGGCAGUUCGCCGCCAGCCUGGUCAAGGGGCAGGGCCGUAUCUGCAGAAAAGCUGGCAAAUCAAAAAAGUCAUUCAGCCGUAAGGAAGCUGAAGCAACAUUUAAGAGUUUGGUGAAGACCCAUGAAAAAUAUGGGUGGGUCACUCCUCCUGUCUCUGAUGGCUGACAUUUGCAAGCCACACCUCAGCCGCUAAACAGAACCAAGUACUCUGACAUCUCCUCAGUGCUAUACACCGCCCGUCCUUUUCUACUUCAGCUUCUGUUAGAUACCAUGAAUGUCAAGGAGACAUUUAAGUUAUUUAUGAACAGAUAUGUUUACAGAGGGAGAGAAAACACAUGCUGUGUUGGGUUAUGUUCCAGGACUGCUGAAUGGUCAUCAUUAAGUCACUUUAGAGCGGAUGUUGAGAUUGUGUCAUUUGCCCCCCAUACAGGCCACAUUGUCUUCAGCUUCUUUCCAUGACAGCAGCAGCACCAAGUAGCAGGAGUGGAAUUCUAUCCAUUGCUGCUCAGUUCAUUUAAAUGUAAAUGAAAAAAGUUAAUAUUUAAUAGGGAAGCAGUGCAUUGCAGGUACAUGUUUGCUGUGCUGUUUAUCUUUGUUUCCUAGCAGGUCAACAUAACUUGACGAUUUGUCUUUAUGUGGAGCUGUGGUCUGCUGUGACUAAAUUUAGACCUCAUUUGUGCUCUAUAUAUGACCUUUGAUUCAUAAAAAGAACAGAAUUAUAACAACAAGAGGUUCUAGUGUUGAAAAACUGUUCAAUGAAAUCACCCAGUUGGUCAAAACGUGCUAUCUAUGCUGAUAUUGUGGUGUGCUGUUGUUCUGAGAUAAACCAAUGCGAUUAGAUGAAGGUCAGGUGAAGCUUCAGAUACCAGAUACACCCACUUGCGGGUCUCAAAGUGGUUAAUAGUAGAAUAGUUUUUAACUUCCCAGCAAAAUGCAGUACUCCUACAAUAGCAUGUUGCCUGUCAACUCUUCAGUGGCAAAACAAACACAAAACAAUGCACAAAUCAAUCUUAAAAGUUAUCCAAGUCAUUUGAAAAUGAUGUGCCAGUGACAAGGUAAAAAGUUAGAUUUUCAAAGAAAGUGAAACAAGUGGUUUGUAAGAUGAUUUGCAUGACUGGAUUUUUUUUUUAUUUUUACUAAAUAGACAUUGUAUGUACUUUGAGCCCAGGAUCUGAAAAAACCCACUGAUGUAUAUAAAUGUCCUGCUAUUUAAUCAUUAAGAUCUAAGUUUUCUCUUCUGUUAAAUAAUUUUAAAAACUUUCUAAGAGACUCCAUAAAAUCUGGAGAUAAUGUUUAUAAUAUCAUAAGGAAGGAGUUUAAAAAUGUGGAAUCCAAAUGGAAAAUCGUAUUGGACACAUUCUGAAUAAAAUCACCGGUACCAUU